ACACAAUGAAGCACAUUAGAUGUCUACAAGAUUAUGAGUAUUUAUUGAGUGUCUAUAGAUGCCCACUUUUCCAUCUUCUGUUGCAUGCUCCCAGCAAUGUCUAUGGUGGAAGUGAGAGUUCCAAACUUGGACUGCCAUGGCUGUGCUUCCAAGCUGAAGAGAGCUCUCUUCAAGCUCAAAGGAGUGGAAGAGAUAGAAAUAGAAAUGGAGAUGCAGAAGGUCGUGGUGAAAGGCUACGGCUUGGAAGAAAGAAAGGUGUUGAAAGCCAUCAAACGAGCAGGGAAAGCAGCCGAACCAUGGCCAUAUCCGGGAAUGAAGCUGCCGGACACAAUCUGCACGCCUUCUUUCACACCCCUUCGGUUUAUUCCGUCGCUGUUGCCCCCGAUGAAGCUGUUGCCUCACUCUUUAGUGACGACAAUCCUCACGCAUGCACCAUCAUGUGAAAGGGCGCAUUUGAUUAGCCCAAUAGUAUCAGAGCCCAAGGUAGCUCCGAUCAUCGUUUCCGAUCAUCGUUCUCGUUUCAGAGAUCUUCUAGAGAACUACUUGAUCCUUUUGGAUCUGGGAAGGUUUGGCGCUCACUGCGUAGACGAAGGUACUUCAGUGGACCGUGGCAAGGUGAAGGCGUGACCGUACACAUCCUCGUGUUUUCGGAACUUAUGAUUUCUGGGAAACUCUGAUAAUGGAAACGUUUUGAAAACUAUGUUGUAAACAAUUCCGGUUUUAAAUAAUGAUGCCUU